GCUGCCUUCACCAUGGAAAGUACAAGCACAGCCAUCUUGCUCCUGCUCCUGGCUCUCGUCUGUCUGUUCCUGACCCUUAGCCCAAGGAGCAAGAGCCAGCUGCCUCCAGGCCCCAGCCCCCUCCCACUCCUGGGAAACCUGCUGCAGCUUCGCUCCCAAAACAUGGUGACCUCCCUCACCAAGCUAAGCAAGAAGUACGGCUCAGUGUUUACAGUGUACUUGGGGUCCAGGCGCGUGGUUGUCCUCAGCGGGUACCAAACCGUGAAGGAGGCCCUUGUGGAUCAGCGGGAGGAGUUUAGUGGCCGCGGCCACUACCCGGUCUUUCUCCAUUUCACUAAGGGCAAUGGCCUCGUCUUCUCCAACGGGGACCGGUGGAAGGUCCUGAGGAGAUUCUCCAUCCAGAUUCUGCGGAACUUCGGAAUGGGGAAGAGGAGCAUUGAGGAGCGGAUCCUGGAGGAAGGCAGCUUCCUGCUGGAGGAGCUGCGGAAAACUGAAGGCGAGCCCUUCGACCCCAAGUUUGUGCUGAGCCGCUCCGUGUCCAACAUUAUCUGCUCCGUGCUCUUCGGCAGCCGCUUCGACUACCACGACGAGCGCCUGCUCACCAUUACAAGGCUCAUCAAUGAAAACUUCCAAAUCAUGAGCAGCCCCUGGGGCGAGUUUUACAACAUCUUUCCAAGCCUCCUGGAAUGGUUGCCCGGGCCGCACCGACGCCUUUUCCAGAAUUUCGGGCGCGUGAAGGACCUCAUCGCCUGCAGCGUCCGCGACCACCAGGCCUCUCUCGACCCCAGCUCUCCCCGGGACUUCAUUGACUGCUUCCUCACCAAGAUGGCACAGGAGAAGCAGGACCCGCUUAGCCACUUCUACAUGGAUACCCUGCUGAUGACCACACAUAACCUGCUCUUUGGUGGCACCGAGACCGUGGGCACCACGCUGCGCUACGCCUUCCUCGUGCUUAUGAAGUACCCAAAAGUGCAAGCCCGCGUACAGGAGGAGAUCGACAGCGUGGUGCGACGCGCGCGGCUGCCAGCGCUGGAGGAUCGAGCGUCCAUGCCUUCUACGGAUGCGGUGAUCCACGAGGUGCAGCGCUUCGCAGACAUCAUCCCCAUGAACCUGCCGCACCGCGUCACUCAGGACACCGCCUUUCGCGGCUUCCUGCUGCCCAAGGGCACGGAUAUCAUCACCCUCCUUAGCACAGUCCACCAGGACCCCAGCCAGUUCCUGACGCCCCGGGAGUUCAACCCCGAGCACUUUCUGGAUGCCAAUCAGUCCUUCAAGAAGAGCCCUGCCUUCAUGCCCUUCUCUGCUGGACACCGACAGUGCCUGGGGGAGUCGCUGGCACGCAUGGAGCUCUUCCUUUACCUCACCGCCAUCCUGCAAAGCUUCUCGCUGCAGCCGCUGGGGGCGCCCGAGGACAUCGACCUGACACCGCUCAGCUCGGGUCUCGGCAAUUUGCCGCGGCCUUUCCAGCUGCGCCUGCGCGCGCGCUGAGACCGCGGCCCCUGCAGAGUCGCCUGCGAGCGAGGAGGCCCCCCGGAGGGGUUGCUCCGCGCCUCUUCUCGUUCCGCUGUGCCCUCAUCUCUCUCGCUGCCACACUCGCUUCCCCUCACCUUGUGCCUGCCACAUGCCCAUCCCCCAUCCCCAUCUCUACCGAGUCUGCGCCCCCAGAGGCAGAGAAAGACCCGAAGAAGGGGCCCUGCAUGCCUUGCUUGACUUACCCACCGAACUCGUUCUGUUGCUCGCCGUUUUGGGGCUUUUUGUAUCAUUUCCUAGUAAAUUAUCUUUAUAAUAGA